UGUGUCCUUCCGAGAUUGUUCCUACUGGACGCUUGCGGAGGUGGGAGCAGGCCCGGGACCGAACACAACGCCGUCGAGGAGCAGCCCAAGCAACAGCAAUAACAAAACGCGAACGCCUGCGACUCCGUCUGCCCCGUCAAGUAAAACGAGCUCUACGACCGGUAAGGCAUUCGCUCCACCACCUCCCCGUUCCCCCUCAAAAGAGAAGCAGGACAAGACCAUCACCUCGCUGAUCAAGCGCGACGUGAAUCGCACCCUGCCCAACGAGCCCUUUUUCCAGACGGAAACCGGUCAGGAGAAGCUCUUCCGCGUGCUGAAAGCGGUUUCCCGACGGUUGUGGGAGGUCGGGUACUGCCAGGGGCUGAAUUUCAUCGUCGCGACGCUGUUGUUGCAGUUCAACGGCGACGAGGAGAUCGCGUUCCAAUGCACCAUCGCGAUGCUGUGGCGCCUGCAUUUGGUGGAUUUCUACUCGCACGAAUUCCGCAAAAUUCGACCAACUUUGUGGAAGUUUGACCAGUUGGUGUCUGCUCUUCUACCGAAGAUCGCCGCGGUGUUUCAGGAAAACAACGUCACCGCGGAAUACUACGCGUUGAGCUGGUUUCUCACGCUCUUCUCCGCGGACUUGCCGCAGGAUUGCGUGCGCCGGAUUUGGGACCUCUACUUCGCGUACGGCGAUCGCAUCAUCUUCCAGGUGGGGCUCGCGCUGCUGUAUCACGAGCAAACCACCAUACUCGCGCUGGCCGACCGGUUUGAGCUUUUGUUGAAGCACUUGAAAACCUUUUUGCGAAGUUCUAGUUCUUCCGGUAGCAGGAGGACAGCAGGAUCAUUGUCUUCGAGCAGUACAAGUCGAGGAAGGCAGAAAUCUUUGUUUUCUACCUCAAUCAAGGCAUUGGUGAAGGAUCGGGAUCGUCAAGGACACCACGACGGUCGUGAUAGUAGUACCUCCAAAGGAGCGACUGAGAAGGUAGAGCAACAAGUGGAAGACGGCGCAGUUUCCUCUUCUUCCAGUAACUCCAGCUCCUCUGGCACUUCCUCCAGUAGCAAGCAAAAUGGACCUGCAGGUGGAGGAGACCAGGUCGGUAGUGUAACUUCUCCCGCGAAAACCAAUAGUUCCGACCGCCACAUAACAUCAACAUCGAACCGCGCCGUCACGGCGGGUCAUCAUCGCUACCAGGAUGGUAUAGAAAUCGAGAAUUUACUGCACGAG